CCACAAUAAUCCCUUCACACACACACACAUACACAUGGGUACAGAAAAAACCAAAUUGAAGGCUUUCUUGUUUCCAUGGUUGGCCUAUGGUCACAUCUCACCAUUUCUUGAGCUAGCCAAAAAACUUUCAGACAGAGGUUUUGUGAUUGACCUUUGUUCUACACCUAUUAAUCUAAGUUUCAUUCAAAAAAGAAUUCCACAUAGCUAUUCUUCUUCAAUCCAGCUUGUGGAACUCCAAUUACCAGAAUUUCCUCAACUUCCUCCUCACUAUCACACAACCAAUGGACUUCCUCUCCAUCUCAAUUCCACCCUCCAAAAGGCUCUCAAAUUGGCCAAACCUAACUUUAUCACCAUCUUGAAAUCUCGAAAACCCGAUAUUGUAAUCUAUGAUAUUAUCCAACUGUGGACUUUUGGAGUGGCUUCUUCACUCAACAUACCAUCAGCUCAAUUUUUCACAUCUGGCGCGGCCAUGUGUUCCUAUUUCGUUCACUUGUAUAAGAAUCAUGACAUCGAAUAUCCUUUUCCAGCUCUUCAUUUACGCGAUUAUGAGCUGACAAGAGCGCGUAAAACAUUGGCUGACAGAAAUGACACAGAGAAUGAGAAAAAAGAUGAUGAACCUGAAGAGGAGAUUACUCCUCAAGGUGGAAUCAUGCUAAUAAGCACUAGUAGAGAAAUGGAAGGGAAAUAUAUGGAUUAUUUAUCUAAAAUUAUUGACUCGAGAAUUUUGCCUAUAGGUACACUAGUUCAAGACCCUGUUGCAAGUACUGGAGAGGAAAGCAUGGAGAUCAUGCAAUGGCUAGAUCAUAAAAAUGAGUUGUCAACUGUGUUUGUCUCUUUUGGGAGUGAGUGUUUCUUAUCGAAAGAAGAAAGGGAGGAAAUAGCAUUUGGAUUAGAGCUUAGCCAAGUGAAUUUCAUAUGGGUUGUUAGGUUUCCAAAAGGUGAAAACCAAAAUCUUGAAGAGGCUUUGCCACAAGGCUUUCUUGAGAGAGUUGGAGAUAGAGGGAUGGUUGUCGAAGGAUGGGCUCCACAAGCUAAAAUAUUAACUCAUCGAAAUAUCGGAGGAUUUGUGAGUCAUUGUGGAUGGAAUUCUAUAUCUGAAAGCAUAGAAUUUGGCAUUCCGGUUAUAGCUAUUCCCAUGCAACUUGACCAACCAAUGAAUGCUAAGUUGCUUGUGGAAAUUGGAGUUGCUUUAGAGGUUGUGAGGGAUGAUAAGGGAUCCCUUCAUAGAGAAGAAAUAGCAAGAGUUAUAAAAGAUGUUACAAGUGGAGAAUCCUCGGAAGAUUUGAGGUGUAAGGUGAGGAAUUUGGGCAAGAAUUUGAAAUCUAAAAGUGUUGAAGAUAUGAAUGCAGCUGUUGAGGAGUUAAAACAUCUUGUUGGGAAGAGUAAGAUCAAGAAUGGUUCUUUCCGAGUUCAAUUAAUUGAUGAAUAAAUAAGUAUCACAAAUAUUUCCUUUUAUAUUUUACUUUCUGAUUACCAUAAGAAAUAAUCACCUCUUGUUCGUCCAAAACUUUAAUUUGUUACGAAAUCUAUUGAUAUGGUCAAUAUUUAGAGAGUUAAAACUCUUCAUGUUUCUAAUUUCUUAUAUUUGCCAUGUAGUACACGAUUUGGAAAAUAGUAUCGAUAUUCAAAACGAAAAUUUUGAGUAAAUAACUAUACAUGAAGAAUAAAGUACAAGUUUUUGUGAA